UGUGGCGGUGGCGGGCAGCACUGGGCAUGCUCAGUAGUGGGGACAGGUCUGGAAGGCAAGGAAGCCGCGUUUGAAGUCGCGCGGCCGGGGGAACAGGGGGAGGCGAGCCGUGGGGGCCCCGGCUGGGGGUCCGCGGGGAUCCCCGAUUCCGCGCCCGGAGCUGGCAUGCUCCAGGCUGGCGCGGCGGGGCGGGCGCGCAGGGGGCAGAGCGCGGAGGAGAGGGGGGAGCCGGUGGGAGAAGGGGAGGAGCGCCGGGCUCGCCAUCCCCCGGCGCCGGCUCUGCGGCUGCUGAAUCGGAAACCGCAGGGAGGAUCCGGGGAAAUAAAGACGCCCGAGAAUGACCUCCAGCGAGGCUGCCUGAGCCGGGGCCCGCGCGCCGCCGCACCAGCCUCCGGCAUGGGCGACCGGAGUGGGCGGCCCGAGCACUCGGCCACGCACGCUCCGGGGCCCCCCGCCGACACCGGAGCUGCCGCCGUAAACGGGCUGCUGCACAACGGCUUCCACCCGCCGCCAGUCCAGCCGCUGCUCCUCUGCAGCCGGGGCCCCGCGGGCGGUGGCGACGCGGCACCCCCGCGCCUCCAGCUCUUGCCGGACUUCAGCGCCGCAGCCACCACCCCCCCUCAGCACGACUCCCCCGCCAAGAAAUGCCGGCUGCGGAGGAUGGACUCCGGGAGGAAGAACAGGCCGCCCUUCCCGUGGUUUGGGAUGGACAUCGGUGGAACGCUGGUUAAAUUGGUCUACUUUGAGCCAAAGGAUAUUACAGCCGAAGAGGAGCAAGAGGAGGUAGAGAACCUGAAGAGCAUCAGAAAGUAUUUGACUUCUAAUACGGCUUAUGGGAAAACCGGGAUCCGAGACGUCCAUCUAGAACUGAAAAAUCUGACCAUGUGUGGGCGCAAAGGGAACCUGCACUUCAUCCGCUUCCCCAGCUGUGCUAUGCACAGGUUCAUUCAGAUGGGCAGCGAGAAGAACUUCUCCAGCCUCCACACCACGCUCUGUGCCACGGGAGGUGGGGCUUUCAAGUUCGAAAAGGACUUCAGAAUGAUUGCUGACCUGCAGCUCCAUAAGCUGGAUGAACUGGACUGUCUGAUUCAGGGCCUGCUUUACGUCGACUCCAUUGGCUUCAAUGGCAAGCCAGAAUGUUACUAUUUUGAAAAUCCCACAAAUCCUGAAUUGUGUCAAAAAAAGCCGUACUGCCUUGAUAACCCAUACCCUAUGUUGCUGGUGAACAUGGGCUCGGGUGUCAGCAUCCUAGCAGUGUACUCCAAGGACAACUAUAAAAGAGUUACAGGGACCAGUCUUGGAGGUGGAACAUUCCUAGGCCUAUGUUGCUUGCUGACUGGUUGUGAGACCUUUGAAGAAGCUCUGGAAAUGGCAGCUAAAGGCGACAGCACCAAUGUUGAUAAGCUGGUGAAGGACAUUUACGGAGGAGACUAUGAACGAUUUGGCCUUCAAGGAUCCGCUGUAGCAUCAAGCUUUGGCAACAUGAUGAGUAAGGAAAAGCGAGAUUCCAUCAGCAAGGAAGACCUCGCCCGAGCCACACUGGUCACCAUCACCAACAACAUUGGCUCCAUUGCUCGGAUGUGUGCGUUGAAUGAGAAUAUUGACAGAGUUGUGUUUGUUGGGAAUUUUCUCAGAAUCAAUAUGAUCUCCAUGAAACUGCUAGCAUAUGCAAUGGAUUUUUGGUCCAAAGGACAGCUAAAAGCUCUGUUUUUGGAACACGAGGGUUAUUUCGGAGCUGUUGGGGCACUGCUGGAACUGUUCAAGAUGACUGAUGACCAGUAGUGAUGACAGUGGAUAGAAGAGCCUUCUGUGAGAACAGAGACCUGAGACCUGUCGCUGGAGAAGGUAGAUGUCGCUAUGGGACGGAAGCCAAGCCAUUAUGGCAGAUGAACCUGCUGGAUUUGUAAAUAAUUUAAAAUCCUUCUAGCUGAUCUUUUACUCUUGGGUUUUGAGCUUAUGAUUCAAAAUGGGGAAUACAAGAGUUUUUUCUGUAUACUGUAUUUUUAAAACACACACACACACACACACACACACACACAAUUUGUGCAGAGAGGCCAAACCUAUGAAUUUUAUGCAUUAACCUUGAAAAGUUGUAUGAGGUUUAAGAAGGACCCGAGGUGUAAGUGCUGUUUAUUUUUCUUCUGGGGUUUACUGAUCAGUGUGGUAAUUUUAACUUCAUUUAGUAAUUACUCUAGGAGAUCUUACCUUUACUUAUAUUCAUCAUGACGUUUCAUGAUUUGCUGUUGGUUUCAAAUGAAACUACAAAUCUGGCAUGCUUUACUGUGAACACUAUUUUGUUUGUUUGUUUCUUUACCUUUUUUUUUUUUUGUCUUGUUUUUUUCUGUUUGAAUGUCUUAUGGAAAAAGAGAGUCCUUCCCCCUGUUUCUGUCGUCAGAUGACUCCCUCUCCUCUCCAAUACCUUUCUUUAAUGUAAUUGUUUGUACCAAUGAAGGGGCUGAUCAGCUCACUAAGAGUGAAGCACGAGAUCGAAAGCGUUCAUGAAUUUUAUGAGUCAGGCAAAAGUUGAAAAUGAUAUACAAUGAAUAUAUAGUGUUUUGUUGGAUUUACUUUACGUUAGGUUAUAUUAAAUUGUGUUCUCUGAUGAACUGUCCUCAUUCAUACCCACCAUAUGAGUGGCAGCAAAUCCUUAUGCAGGACAUUGGAACUUCCCAGGUGAAGUCUCCCAGUAGAUUAACCGUUCACAUUGGGAGAUGGGGGAGAAGUCAUGGGUUGACAUGUCAGGUAAUCACACCUAUUUGUUUUGUACACGUAUGUACAUAGGAGCUUUGUAACAAGCCAUCUUAAAUAAUACUUUUUUGAUUUGAAGUAUUUCAAACUGAAAACUGCAUUUCAAUCUCAGUUUCUAAUAUUAAAAAAAUCAUGGUACUGAUCUAUCUAUACAUAUUUUUUUUUCUUUUCUGAAAGAUGUCAUUGGCACCGAUGGGUAACUUUCAAAUGAGAGUCUUGUACAAAUAUUGAAACGCAUGAGGUCUAAUGACUUAGAACUGAUUAAUCUUUUGAACUGAGCAUAUUGUUGAAAGGGAUCUUUGCAGGCACUAUGAUUACUCCGUGGUGAAUCUUUCCUUCUCUGCCUCCUGAGCACCAUCUUUAAUUGCCAUAUCUUCACGUCUUGGAGAACUCGAUGUUAACUGAAGUAUUCACUUGUCUGGUUGAAAUAAAGCCUGUUUCUGUUGUGAUGUGUUUAGUGUAUAUGUUAUUUUCAUUUCUUAAUCUUCAUGUUCAUAUUAUCUGCUUUUGUGCCAUAAAAUGAGUGUGUGUUGUAUUUUAGCUACUCUUCAUCUCAUAAUUUGAGGCUUUCACAUAAGGGUGUCUUCAGUUGAAGCUUGUAGCUCUAAGCAGGGAUUUUUUUAAAAUAGCUUUAUUGUUCUUAUACAACUGAUUCAUUGCCAGAAUAUCAUUACUAUCUUUGGUAGUUCCCCCUCCCCCCAAAUUUCAACAUUUGGUCAUCACAAAUACAUCUUAUCAACUUCCACCUGGCUUAAAAAAAUUCAAGCAACUAAGAUGUUCUUGAAAAAGAUAAAUGUAAAAAUGUACAUAUUAGCUACAUUAGUGCCUUUUUUUUGAUUAUUCUCCUCAAUCAAUCCUACACUCCUCUGUCAGGGAAUAGCAGACCUUGGAUUAUGGUUCUGCAGAAGAAAUCAGGGCAAGUUAGUAUAAUUAUAUAAUUUUUUAAUUAUCUGGAAUCACUUGAUCUUUCACUGCAAAUGUGUAAAACAUUAGUUUAGCUGAGGAAAUCAGUUAUUCCAUUAUACAAAUAUAGAUAAAUGUAGGCUACAUAUAGCCAGCCAGCCUUUUUUUUAUAAUGAGAAACUUGUAGCUCAAGGAUUUUUAUAUUCACUUGAAUCAUAGACACUUUCCUUUGGCUCAACAUUGAAAAGAAACUUGACAAGACUAAGGAAUUUUUAUCUUGAACUGUAUGAAUUCAGGACGGUCAGGUGUUCCGGAGCACGGCUUUUGACUGUGAGGCAGCUUCAGUGUGGAUCUAGCUUGGCCAUUGGUUAGCUGUGUGGGUAAGCCACUAAACCCUCUCUCUAAACCCUGGUUUCCUUGUUCAUAAAAUGGGGCAUACAGUUUUUACCUCCAUAUCUAAAGAGCUUAGCACAAAGGCUGGCACAUAGGACAUGUUAGCUGUACUGGGAAGAGAAAAACAGAUGUCCUAAACGAACAUGUGAUAUCAGUGGUAUCUAAUCUUCUAGAAUGUGGGGAGCCCACUGUAGCACAGAGAUACAGAUCUUCCUA